AUGAGGACAUUUCAAGCCCUCAUGGGUUACGGCCCUUCACGGCGCCAUAUGCGCUGGAUCCUCAUUUUCUGCCUCUGUGCCGCGGUACUGUUCUUCCUAUCAGAACAGAGGCAACUCCAUGCUAGUCCAACAGGAGAUACCUGGGAUUGGGCCGACUUUCGAGACGACGCGGUAAUCCCAAGUGUGCACGACUUGGACGGCUACGGUGGGGAGCAGGUUCAUGCCUCGUCCAAGGGACGCGUUCUGGUGACUGGCGGUGGCGGAAUGAUUGGAAAGCAGAUAAUCACGCGUCUCCUGUCCACUGGCACUCCUAUCACUGUUCUGGAUAAGAUCUUCUUCCAGGACGAGUUGUCAACGUUGCAGCUGAAAUACCCCGACACAGACCUCCGAUAUGUGGAGGGCGACAUUCGUGACGCGACAACCCUCGCAUCCGCCAUGACCAACGACGUUGUCGGUGUGAUCCAUCUUGCUGCGGUGUCGCGUGUCUUGUGGUGCUUGGAGAACGAGAAGGAUUGCAGCGACGUCAACGUGCGCGGUACACAGCUCGUCCUGGAGGCAAUGAAGGGCGGCUGGUUCAUCCAGGCUAGCUCACGCGAGGUGUAUGGUAAUCCCGCCAAGAUGCCUGUACCAGAGGACACGCCUCACAAACCCGCCAACGUCUACGGAGGCUCCAAAGCAAAGGCAGAGGAUGUGAUCACGUCCUACGUCGCCAAUGUCACUGCGAGUGGCACAAAGGACUUGAACGCGAUCAUGCUCCGACUCUCCAACGUCUACGGUAGUGCGGCAGACCACCGAGAGCGCCUGAUUCCCGCCAUCAUGAGUAAUGCGCUUUCACACCGCCCUAUCCAGAUUGUCGGCGGUGACCAGAACCUCGACAUGGUCAACAUUCGCGAUGUCGUAGACGGUUUCAUUCUGGCUGUCAACCGGUUAACUGAAAUGACCAAAGGGCCCGAGAAGAAGCGUGGUGAGGUCGAAUUCUACAAUAUCGGUACCGACAAGUCGACGUCGGCAAUGGAGCUCAUCCGUAAAAUUCUGUGGCUCACAAAUUCGUCUUCGCCGCUGCAGACUCUUCCUGGUGACAACCGCUUUCCCGAUCGCUACGUUGGCAGCACGAAGAAAGCCUCCGAGGUACUGGGUUUCAAGGCCGUCAUCCCGAUUGACGACGGUCUCCACAGCCUGGCCCUCCAGUACCUGGAUGAGACCUUGAUGUACCUCACUCGCAAACACUUGGCGCAAUGCUCUGAUCGGCGCAAGUACUCGAUCCGCGACCUCCUUUUCCUGGACGGUUGCAGUGGCGUUGUCGCCGCUGACCUCGAUGGCCAACCGUUCUACCCCUACUACGACCAGGCCAAGGACGACAAGCCGGCUGAGUUUGGGUGGCGAGACGGUGACGAGCCCCAAGACUGGAAGUUUACAAUCAAGGAGCUGGGCAAUAGCGCCACGUUGUUGCUCACUCAGCACGUCAAGGAGAAGAAGGACGACAAGGUCGUCCGCGAAUUUGACGUCAACUUCCAGUCUUCGGCUGAAACCACCAACCCUAACAACACAAACCGGUUCACCAUGAACAUUGAUCCCGAGUCUGGGUACGUGAGCCUCACGCAGUCGAACGGCUCUCCGCUCGUACCAUGGGACCCUCGGCCGCCUCCCGCAAAGCGCGACGAGAUGCCCGACCCCUCAGUCACCGGCCUUGGACAGUUCCGCUUCCGCAUCACCCCAUUCUGUUGUCCGGGCAAGCCUUCGCCAUGGCCGUUCUUCCGUGACGACCCGUUGGCAUCCGCUAUCCUCGACAUGCGGCUCGAAACGAAGCGUGUCUUCAACGCUUCGCAGAUCUCCACCCUUUGCGAGCGCCUGAGCAACGGAAUAGAUCUCGCCCAAUCCCGCAUUGCCAAGCUCAAAGACGACCCGCGACCGAUCAAGCUUCAGCAAGCCCAGUUACCUACGGGCCGUCCUGCCGACUGGCGCUUCCGUGACCGAGACGUGUGCACCAACCUGUGUGACCAUCCCACCAUCUGUCUCGACACUGGCAAGUGCGCGUGUGCCCAAGCUGCAUGCUCGCGCCGCGUGCGCUUCCCUUUCGCCGACUUUGCCAACCUCCCACUCCUCUCAUGGCCUCCUCAGAGAGCCACUCUGGACUGGGAUGCUGUCUCAAAGGCAGACCCCGCCGCUCUUGUCGCGCAAAUGGAGCGAUCUACGUGGCUCAAUGUUCUGCAUCCCGCUGCUCGGCGUUAUCUCAACAGCAAGCCCGCCUGGCCCAGUGCCAACGUCACGUUUAUGCCUGACAAGGACGAGAAAGAGUACAAGGACGACCCAGAAAAGUACGAGAAGCUUCAAACUGAAUGGCACGGAUGUUUCAGUGCCGACAGCGUUCUGGAGCGUGGUACGCGUCUGAUUAGCGACAAUUACAAGAAGGGCGAUCUCGUCUUCAUGCCGCAUUACUCGUACACGCUGCGCUUCCCCCCAAUCGGCGAGUGGGUUACCAACGCGCUAGAGCACCAUCUCCCGCAAGGCUUUGACACGGCCGACAUGAUCGUCCCGUUCACAUUCGACUGGGGACGUUGCCAAACCAUCCUCCACAACCUCUUCCGUGUUCGCGACUGGAGCUCGACACCAAAGGAGGUUGUGCGCGCGUCGUCGUGGCAACCGAUGGGUGACAUCAACUCACCUUGCUACUUCAUGGACCAGGAUGUGGUUGUUCCUGCACGUACUUGUCUUCAAGAACACCUCCGCGAGACUUUUGGUGACAUGCUCAACGUCAUUCCAGCGCGGUUACGUUCGACUCUUGUGCACUUCAAGGGCUCACCAAACGGAGCCGGCGCAUCUGUUCGUAACAAACUCGUAUGCGAGCGCCUGUGGCGCAAGGACAUUCGGAGAAUGAAGCUCAAAGGUGCCGACAAGCUCAAGACUUACUGGGGCAGCCUAAAGCCCUCCAUGGUGCGGCCGGCAUCCGAGCCCAACCCCGCCAAGGAUUACAUGGACACGAUUGGAGAUUCGAUUUUCUGCCCUGUGCCGCGCGGCACGACCGGCUGGGCGACGCGCACCAUGGACGUCAUCUACGCCGGCUGCAUCCCUGUCCUGAUAGGCGACCAGACGCACCACCCGUUCUGGGACAUGCUCGACUGGUCCAAGUUUUCCGUGACGAUCAACGACUUUGAGGUCGAGCGCACCGAGCAGAUUCUCACAUCGUUUACGUGGCAAGAGGUCCAGCGCAUGCAGACCAACCUCAUGCUCAUCCGCGAUGCCUUCCUGUAUCCCAGAGAAGGGCAGAUGCAGGAUAACCUCGAGAACCGCGGACCGUGGUUCUACGCCAUCCACUCGACGUGGCUGCUCCAGCACACAAAGUUCCCAACAGUGAACGACAAGUAG